AUGGACAACAUGUCCAGCCUCUGCAGUCAGCCAAUGCCAUGUCCUUCCACCGAGACAGGCUUCUCUUCCGCCUCAUCAGCUCAUGAACCAUUCAACCUUACGCCUGAAUUUGGCAUUAUGGACUUUGGUAUCACUUACAACUCUGUCUCUCACCAGGCAGAGUUGAACGAUCCCUUAUCAGCAAUGGGCGAGCCCAUGUUUCACCCUGUCAAAAAUGACCCUGAGCAAAUCUCAUUCCCCCACUCUCUCCCUAACGAUUCUAUGAAGCAAGAGCAACUUAGCUUCGAGUACGAGCAAAUGAUUGCGAUGGGCAUGACGCAUCAAGGAUCAAUGGGCUCAUUGACACCAUCAAACUCUUUUGGCAUGGAUGGUUACUCCCCUGAUGCCUCAGUCAGUACUGCCUCUUUCAUAAUUACAUCAACCCCAGGCGUCUCCGACUCCGGAGAGACAAGUUCCUCAUGGUCUUGUGCCAGCACCAGCCCAAUCUCACUUUUCUCUCAUAGAGAUCUCUCGGAGGGCGUCGACUCUUCUGACCAGGACUGGCACUUUCAGCCGUCGCUUUGUGCCCAUCAUUAUAAGGCCGACGAUUCCAACCCCAUGCCAGCUCAAAGGAGUCUGAUGGUGCAUGAUAUUCAGCAAAAGAGUGCAGAGCUUCAGCAAGCUCACAUCCGAUCACCAAAGAAGCGAUCUGCCAAGUCUAAGCCUGUUCAAAUUGAUGCUGCCCAAAGAGUGAAAUGCAAAUGUGACUAUUUUGGUUGUCACAAGGCUUUCAGACGCAGUGAGCACCUCACGCGUCACAAAAAAAGUUUUCACGGCGAGGGACCCAACCGUUUCUUAUGCGAGUUCUGUGGAAAAGACCAAUUCAAUCGCCAAGAUAACCUCAAUAGCCAUCGAAAGUUGCACACGCGACGCAAUAACCGUGAACGCGGCGUUAUUUUCAUCCCGGACGCAGUCUCUAUCAUUGAGCAAGAGGAACGAAGCAGAAGGCGGCGAGCCCCUUCGAAUCUGAAUAUGGAAGGGAAACAUAAAAUCCAACCGGACCAGUUGCGCUCGAGAUAG